AUGUUUUCUGCGCUUGAUUAUGUGGUGAGUGAGGCAAAGGCGCAUAAUAUCAGAUUAAUACUGUCAUUAGCAAAUAAUUGGGAUGCAUAUGGUGGAAAGUCUCAAUAUGUGAAGUGGGGAAAGGCAGCAGGUUUAAAUCUUACUUCUGAUGAUGAUUUCUUCAUUGAUCCAACUGUGAAAGGUUACUAUAAAGCUCAUGUAAAGGCAGUUCUCAAUAGAGUAAACACAUUUACGAACAUCACAUACAAAGAAGACUCAACAAUAUUUGCUUGGGAAUUAAUGAACGAACCUCGCUGCCUUGCUGAUCCUUCAGGCAACAACCUGCAGUCAUGGAUUGAAGAAAUGGCAUUCCACGUAAAGUCAAUGGACCCGAAGCAUCUGGUCGAGAUCGGGCUCGAAGGCUUCUAUGGAUCCUCAACACCUAAUCGCUUUCAGUUCAAUCCCAACACCUUUGCCAGUCAGGUCGGCACCGAUUUCAUAAGGAACCAUCAAACUUUAGGCAUCGACUUUGCGACAGCCCACAUCUAUCCAGAUGCUUGGAUAUCGAAUUCAAUCUCUGACUCGCACCUCCAAUUCACCAAGUCUUGGAUGCAGAGCCACAUUGAUGAUGCAGAGAAUGUGCUUGGAAUGCCGGUGUUGUUCACGGAGUUUGGAGUGUCGGCAAAAGACAAGAACUUCAGUGUCAGUUUCAGAGAUCAGUUCAUUGAUAUGAUUUAUAAGAACAUUCUGAACUCUACAAAGAUUGGUGGGAGUGGAGGAGGAAGUCUUCUAUGGCAGCUGUUCCCAGAAGGAAUGGAUUAUAUGGAUGAUGGCUAUGCAAUGGUGCUCACAAAAUCUACAUCUACAUCAAAUAUUAUAUCCCUGCAGUCAAAAAGGAUACAAAUGUUCAAUUCAAAGUGUUCAUGGAGGUGCCACUGGGGUUGCAAAAGGAAGAGGAGAUCCGUGGAUUUCAUGUUUCAUUCUAAGCAUAACCAACUUUGAUGAAAUGUUUGAAUGGGUAGUUAUUGAGUGCAAUAAUCAUUUCAUUUAAGCAUUGUUGAUAUUACAUUAUGAUAUGCAAAUAUAGAAAUGAAUAUCUUAUAUUGUAUGGAGUACAUGAUUAUUUUCUAUGCACUCAUA